AUGUUCAACCUACGGUUUAUCCUGGGCAUAAUAUCUCUCGCGUUAUCAUCUCAGGUUACUUCCAGUCCUAUCCAUCGUCCUCGACGAGCUGAGCUCUUUAAUCGAGGCUUAUACUCAACCCAUACACAAAAUACAGCCGUCAUGACCCUCACAGUUACCCCGACCGUCGCUGGCUCGACUGUCCCUGUUACAAUGUGUGUGGAUCUACAAAAAGCUGGCAGCACCGGUACCCCUUCAAUAGUUCCAUGCCCGAUGAUCACCCACUCUAAUAAGGCUGCGGACACUACUACUUCUGCACCUGCUACUUCAAGCACCUCGACUUUGAAAAACGGUGAAGUUCCUGCAAUUGAAGUUGGGACGGGGAGUCCUCCUAUUUCCUAUCUAUAUUCUUCGUCCUGGUACUACUUCCCAACCAUGGCACCGGCCACCAGUUCUUACAGCCCGUCUAGUUCUGGCACAUCCUCUACUAUUUCACCAUCUACCACCCAACCAACAAUGUCAACGGCUUCACCAAGUAGCACUAGGACUUCGCCUAUAUCCACGGCGGUUCCUUCAGAUACUACAACAACUAGUCUUCCGAUCAAAGUCACCAGCCUGCCAGUGUCCAGCAGCACCUCAGUACGGGGAACAACUUCACUUCUAUCUCAGUCGACAUCCGAUUCUCAACAAUCCAGGCCCACCACAGUCUUUAAUACAACUACAAAGACAGUGUACCUGCCGCCAAGCAGCACAGGGUUCACUUCGAGUUACACUGCUGUUCCAACCACCACAUCUGCUGCAUACCCUGGCUGGAACUCCACUCUUCCAUCCUUCAGUACUAUUACGCAGUCGAUAACAACAUCAGUCACUGUAACUUCAGGCUUCUAUUCAAGCUCCUUCACUCCUCCAGCUACCACUAGUUCGCCUUCGUCAACUUCAACUGUUCAGUUGACCACCUCCUCGACUACUACCUCCCUAUCUACAAGUAGCCCAUCUACCACCGAGCCUGCUACAGAAUCGCCAACUAUGAUAUACACCUCGUUUAGCAACACCCUACCCUCCUUCACUACAACCUCGUCGGAGUUAUCAACUUCGCAGACUGUGACUUCUGUUUAUGCUCCUGCCCCUCCGCCAACGGAAACCCCCACUACUUCCUCAAAUCCUCUCGUUGUAAUUCCAGUCACGGACGAGGCCCCAGCCCCGACUGGCAUUGAACUCAUACCAAUAGAGCCAUAA